CAAAAAUAACUUUGAGUUUGAUAGAACCAUAAACUUCAAAUUCCGAUUUAACAGUCUCCUUCCCAUAAAUCGCAGGGAGUAUUCAUUUUUCCUUCUUUGUUUUUGGGCACAACUCCCUCUGUUCUCUCCAUCUAUAUAUACUUGUCGCUUUCAGAGCUUUAAUUUUACAGAGCACAGUCUCUGCAAUACAUAUCCCUUCUCUACUACUCACUCGGCUGAAGGCCUAACUUCAAAUAGAAUGGCGGCGCUGAGAAACAUGCGGAGUCUAGCUAUUAAUUUAAGUUUAGUGGCAUUAGUCAUCUUAGCAGUGGAGCCAUAUGGAUCAUUUGGCUCUAGCAGGGGAGUACCUUUUCACUUCAAAACCGAUUAUAAUGGCAAUGGCAAUGGCAUGUGCGCUUCUGCUGUCGCUGUUCACGGUUAUAAGUGCCAGGAAUUUGAGGUAACAACUGAUGACGGCUACAUACUUAGCGUGCAAAGAAUACCGGAAGGCCGUGUAGGAGGUGGUGGUGGACCGAAUAGGCAGCCAGUGUUGUUGCAGCACGGAGUUCUUGUGGAUGGAGUAACAUGGCUGCAGAAUUCACCAGAACAAUCACCGGCGAUGAUCUUGGCAGAUAAUGGCUUCGAUGUUUGGAUUUCUAAUAUCAGGGGAACCAGAUAUAGCCGUCACCAUGUAUCUCUUGAUCCUAACAGUCCGGACUACUGGAAUUGGACAUGGGAUGAUCUUGUUGUCCAUGACUUACCUGCUCUCCUUGGUCUCGUCUUUGAACAAACUGGGCAGAAAAUUCACUAUAUAGGCCAUUCAAUGGGUACUUUGAUGGCUCUGGCAUCCUUUUCAGAAGGGAAACAAUUAGACAAGGUAAAGUCAGCAGCCUUACUCAGCCCGGUUGCUUACUUGAGCCAUAUGACCACUGCACUCGGUGUUGUUGCUGCUCGAGCCUUUGUUAGCGAGAUCACGACAAUAUUUGGUCUUGCGGAAUUUAAUCCAAGGGGUGAGCCUGUAUCCGAUUUUCUCAAGGCCUUAUGUGCUCAAGCUGGGGUGGACUGUUAUGACUUGAUAACUGCACUUACCGGGAAGAAUUGCUGUCUAAAUGCCUCCAUAGUUGAUCAUUUCUUGAAGAACGAGCCCCAGUCUACGUCAACUAAAAACCUCGUACAUUUGUCUCAGACUGUUAGAGAUGGCGUCUUGUCGAAAUAUGACUAUGGGAGCAACGACUUCAAUCAGGCGCACUAUGGUGCGACCAAACCUCCGAGGUACAAUUUGACAAACAUCCCUCAUGAUCUGCCCCUCUUUCUCAGCUACGGAGGCCAAGAUGCACUGUCCGAUGUUCAAGAUGUUGAGACAUUACUUGAUUAUCUCAAGUUCCACAAUGUAGACAAGCUGCAUGUUCAGUAUAUCAAGGAUUACGCUCAUGCAGACUUCAUCAUCGGGAUCACUGCUAAGGAUAUUGUUUAUAACCAGAUAAUUUCAUUUUUCAGAAAUCAAGGAUAAACACCCUUGCAUCAGAGGGCGUGUGUCUGUAUUAAAAGAAUCACAACUAUGGGAAAAUCAAGGAAUGGGGAUAGUACUUUUUUUUCUU